AUGGCCAGCAGUUCGGCCAACAGUACCAGGUCCCACAGCAUCAGGCCGGCCAGCUGCAGCAGUUCGGCCAGCAGUUCGGUCCAGCACUGCCGGUCCAGGCAGGCCAGCAGCAGAUUCGUCCGCCGGUCCAGCCCGGUCUGCCUCACUCUGCAUCUUCUUCGGGCACUUCAGGCUUUUCAUCAUCUGAGGGUAUUUUUGGUUCUGUCCCACCGCUUGUUGUUUGUCAGAUAUGUUUCUCCACAGGUCAUUCUGAUAUGCAUUGUCUGUCCCAGUUUAGUCAAAACUCUGCCCAUGCAUUGAUGACCUCCAAUAGUGAUGCUAAUGCGUCUUUAUGGUUCCCGGAUUCCGAUGCUUCUGCCCAUAUGACUCCAUUAGAAGGCACAAAAUUUCGGGAGCGGUCCUUCUUCAAGCACCCAAUAAAGGUCAUCUUUACCCUGUCAGCCUCAGUUCUCCAUCUUCACUUGCUCUCUCGUCCGUGUCUGUUCCAGGCGUCUUGUGGUAUCAUAGACUAG